AUGGAGCUGAGGCCAUUUGAUGAAUUUUCCAGAGGAGGUAAAUGAUAUUUUUAAUGAUAAUUAAUAUUAUUUUCGUAUAGAGAACCUUGCCGUUGUGUGGGUAAACUCAGAUUCGAUAAAAGAGGCGCCAAAUUCCUGGCUGAAAGUAUGGAAUUCGGCGAGAGAAAGGCUCUGCACUGAUGGGGCGGCCAAUACCGUGAUGAAAUUGGCCAUAAAAGGGGUUGCUAUUAAUCCUACGGUAAUUGCCGGAGACUUUGAUUCGAUUACGAAAGAAGCUUUGCAGUAUUUUAACGGUAAAAUACGGGUUCCCCAUUUUUAAAUGACGUCAUCUUCAGAAAAAUGUAUAAUCAAGCAUACACCCGAUCAGGACUUUACGGAUCUCAGCAAAACCUUGACAGUUAUUACGGAAACAACCAGCUAUACUAGAAAUCAGGUACUAUACAUUAAACAUUAACUUAUAUUAUAUAAUAUAAUACAUACCACCUUCAGAUAAAAACAGUAUUAAUUCUUGGAGGGCAAAGUGGCCGCUUCGAUCACACAUUGUCCACUCUCAAUUCGAUUAUAUGUUUCCAACGAAGUACCAAAAAUUCUACCUCAGUUUACUCAGUAGACUCCACCAACCUUACUUUAAUCAUCUCGACCAAAUCUCGGAUCUCCACAGAUAAAGAGAAGAUCACCGGAAAGUGUGGAAUCCUCCCAAUUUGUCAAACCGAAACUCGAGUCACAACUACUGGAUUCCGGUGGAAUGUGACCGAUGAGAAGUUUGAGUACGGUGGUCUUAUCAGCUCUUGUAAUGAGGUCGUGGAUGGUACUCUCACAAUUGAAUCAACCGCUCCAGUUGUGCUCACAAUAGAGCUCAAGUCUCCAAAUUCAUUUAUCUAA